AUGGCAAUUGAAUUUAGUAUGAGCUCAUCGAUCAACUUGAACGAUGAACAGGUCGUUAGGACAUUUUUUCAAGUGCCUCCUCAGCGCGUCAAUGUUACGCCGAUUAUGAACAUUAAUCAAAAGAUGAUGGAAGUAGAUGUGCCUGAAAAACUUUCAUUGGUACCGGAUAUCGGAUUAAAAGAGACACCUCUGAAGAAGAGCAAGAAGAGCAAGAAGCGCAAGAAGGAGAAAAUCAAAAGUUCUAGAUACCGGAAGAAAAUUGACAACAAUCCUAAUUGCAGAGCGCCCUUACUAGUAAAAGGAAGCCUGCCAAGUUUGAAAAUUCCCUGA